AUGGCCGACCAUGCUGUUAAUUUCCUCGUACAGUACUUGUCCCAGGAACUCGGAAAGGAAGCAAAUUUCUUUGGUGGAGUACAGGGUCAAGUCAAGUCACUCCAUAGGGAGCUUAGGUUUAUAAAUAUCUUCCUGGAGAGCUCCGUGGGGAAACGAAAUGAGCAUCCAAUGGUGAAGGAGGUAGUUGGACAGAUCAGGGAGGUGGCUUACGAGGCUGAGGAUGUUAUCGACACGUUCAUCCUCAAGAUUGCAGAACACAGGAGGAGGAGCUGGAUGGGGAGGAUAUUUCAUAGCCCCAUGCACGCAAUGAUGCUUCGGGAAGUUCGAAAUAAGAUUGCAGACAUCGAGAAUGAAAUCAAUAAAAUCUACAACAACAGAGAAAAGUAUGGCAUUGAAAGAGCUACAGAGAGUGUAGAUGCAGCGGCGCCAGCGGCGACGGAGGCACUACACAAGCGUAGGAGAGAAGUGGAGGAAGAUGACGUGGUGGGCUUUGUUGAUGACACAUCGACACUAGUGUUGGAAGUCCCACAUUGCCUGGGCGAUCGCAAGUGUGAUGUCAUUUCGAUCAUUGGAAUGGGAGGUCUGGGGAAGACAACUCUUGCCCGGAAAAUCUACAAUAAUGUUGGCGUCAAGAGGCACUUUGAGUGUCGUGCAUGGGUGUAUGUAUCUCAAGAUUUCAGAAUUAGAGAGCUAUUGCUUAAAAUUUUGAAAGAGAUGCAAAUACGGGAGCAGUGGAAAAUUCUAGAAGACAUGGGUGUAGACGAAUUAAAAGGGAAGUUGUUCAAAUGCUUGCUAAGAAAGAGGUACCUAAUAGUCAUGGACGACAUUUGGAAUACUGAAGUUUGGGAUGAAGUAAGAUCAGCUUUUCCUGAUGACUUGAAUGGAAGCAGAAUAUUGAUCACCAGCCGCAUAAAUGAAGUAGCUUCACAUGCAAGCUCUGCUCCUCCCUACUUUCUCCCAUUUCUUGACAAAGACGAAAGUUGGGAGCUCUUUAGUAAGAAAGUGUUUCGGGGAAGAACAUGUCCUCCCGAGUUAGAAACUCUAGGGAGAAAAAUCGCAGAAGAUUGUUGUGGCUUACCACUUUCCAUUGUGGUUUUAGGAGGCCUUUUAGCAAAUAGAGAUAAGACAUCCCGAGAAUGGUCCAAAUUAAUUGGCCAUGUAAAUUGGUACCUUACUGAGGCUAAUCCAAUCUGCAAAGACAUUUUGGCCUUAAGCUACACCAACCUACCUCGACGCUUGCAACCAUGCUUUUUGUAUUUUGGUGUGUACCCGGAAGACUUUGAGAUCCCUGCAAGGCAAUUGAUCCACCUAUGGACAGCCGAGGGAUUCAUACAGCACACUAGCAAUAGAAGCAAAGAGGAUGUUGCCGAGGACUACUUGGGGGAGCUCAUUGAUCGAAGCUUGAUCCAAGUGAGUAGGAGGGCGACAGAUGGAGGCAUAAAGAAAUGUCGUAUUCAUGAUCUUCUGCGAGACUUCUGCAUAUCCGAGAGUAAGGAAGACAAAUUUCUUGAGCUACUUAGAGCCGGUAACCUUUCAUUCCCCAUCAAACCUCGUAGACUAUCCUUCCAUGGUGAUGGUAGUUUUCCUGUAUACAAUGUCCUAAACUUCUUUGAUCCUCCGUGUGCUCGUUCUUUGUUGUUCUUUGGCGAUGCCGGAGAUAGAGACUUGAACUUGUUUGUUAAAAACUUCGAGUUGAUUCGGGUGCUUAAUUUGGAGUGUAUAGUACUCCACUCCAUUCCCAAAAGCAUUGAAACAAUGAUCCACUUGAGGUACUUGAGGAUUGAAUUAUCUGCGUCAGCAAGUUUUUUUCUUGAUUCCCUUGGUAACCUUAGGAAUCUAGAAACACUUGUCAUGGAGCUUGGACAUCUUGCAUUUGAUUGUCCAGUAAGCAGCGUAAACGGGAUAUUUAUGCUGCAGAGUUUAAGGAAUCUGUAUCUGGAAGAGUUCCGGCUGUUGCCUUACCAUUUGGAUGAAGUUCUAUGGAACCUCCAAGUCCUUUCUGACAAAAAACAGAGGAAGAAUUCUUUGGCAAUUGGAUACUUUGAGCUUCGUUCUCCAACAUCUGGGGAAUAUCGACUAGGUGGUUUGCCACGAUUAUGCCUGAAAGGAGAUGGGCCUUCGGGUACUGAGGCGUGGGGGGUGUCUCUUUCAGCUUCAGGUAGUGUAGAAACUUCUCUGGGGUCUGGCUCAAUCUCUGCAGACAUAUCCAGUCCUGUGGUCGCAAUGGAAUCCCACACCAGUUUUGCGGUUGGAAAUCUGAUGAAGUUCCCGAUCAGUGAUGGUUCCAUGGAAUUGAUCAACCAUCCUUUGACAAUGGCAUUGUCUGUGCGCCACUUUCGAAAGGAUGGAUCUGUUUGUGGAGCAGUUGUGUCGGUGAUCUGGGUUGGAGCUGAAGCUUUGGUCAAAACUUCAUUCAUUCUAGUGGUUAAUUCGGUAAGGAUGGAUGUUGGAUUGUCGGCAGAGCAAGCUUUUACUGUCGCACUGGACAAGUUUCCUUGUGUUAGGGAACUAACUAUACGAUUUAUAAACAAAUACGGUAACGUUAAUUUUGAAGAAAGCGAAAGAGCAGUAGAAUUGUUGGAACGCCUUCACCAGUUAGGUUGUCUUCAAAAAUUGAAAAUGAGGGAAUUCCCAAUACUUCCUAGUGAUUUGAUUUCAUUUCCAUUGACAAUCACUCAACUAACCUUAAGAAACGUUGGGUUAGCAGAAGGUGGCGGCAUGACAGUGCUGGGAAAGCUUCCCAAUCUUCGGAUACUGAAAAUAAAAAGCUGUGCUAUUAGUAAUCUGCACGUCUUUGGGGAUUCAUUUCCUAGACUCGAAGUCCUUAAAUUGCGAAGGUUGGAUUACUUUGAAGAAUGGAAACAAGAGGAAGGUGCAAUGCCAUGCCUUAGAUAUUUGGUUAUCAGCAAAUGCCGUAAGUUGACCAUACUCCCUCCGGAACUUUGGAGUUUGACUACCUUGCAAAAGGUGGAGGUGUCAAGCCCCAACCCAAAAUUGGAAAAGAUGCUUCAAAAAUUGCAGAGGACGGUUAGCUGUAAGCUAGUGAUCGGUUCGUCCAGCAUCUGAUUACUGAUUCGUGGGUUCAAGUAAUGAUAUCAUCCACUUUGCAGCAUAUGUAGGAUUCUGCUACAAGAAGGAGAAGAGACCAAAUAGAGCUAAUUAAGA